GGCGGAGUCAACCGAUCCUCUGUUGGGUCUAUCGGUAGUGCUGGGGAGAAUGCAAACAAUGGAGGCAUAAGUUCUGGACAAGCGCCUCCGCUUUUCGAUCCAAUUGGCUUCAUCGGACCUAGCCGACAGUAUGCGGCUGCGAGUUCUAGUUCAAGUAAUUCAUUUUCUGAUGGGGAAUAAGAUCAAUGCUCCCAACUAUGCCCUAAUUUCAUGCCUGCUUUAG